AUGCUCGUCGUAGCAGCAAUAUUUGGCCUGGUCCGGCUGGCGGACGCAUGGGGCACGCUGGGCCACGAGACGGUUGCUUGGAUUGCUCAGUCAUAUGUGUCACCCGCCACAAAGGAGGCUGUCCAGGUGAUCCUGGAUUCAAGCCAGUCUGACUAUAUGGCGAAUGUAUCGACCUGGGCCGACUCGUACCGCUACACUGACGGAGGUGGAUGGUCUGCGCCACUUCACUACAUCGACGCCAAUGACAACCCUCCCGAGUCAUGCUCGGUCGACUUCAAUCGCGAUUGCGGCGACGAGGGAUGCUCUGUGUCGGCAAUUGUUAACUACACCUCAAUCCUGUUGGACGACGAGUCUAAAGCUUCAGUGAAACGGGAUGCCAUGCGGUUCAUCAUUCACUUCAUUGGGGACCUUCACCAACCUCUUCAUGAUGAAGCCAUCGACGUCGGUGGCAACACCAUCAAUGUCACAUAUGAUGGGGACGACACCAACUUGCACCAUAUCUGGGACACUGAGCUUGUCGAGCAACUGGCAGACGGUCAGGAUGCAGAAGAGUUUGCAAAGAACCUUACCGCCGCGAUUCGUGCAGGGGCCUACGGAUGGGAUUCCAGCACUUGGCUUACUGGGGCUAGUCUCAACGAUACCAAGGCGUCCGCCAUGACUUGGGCGCACGAAGCGAAUGCAUAUGUUUGCAGCGAUGUACUUGCCGCAGGUGUGGACGCGGUCGAGGAGGGCGAUCUCAGUGGAAGCUAUUACAAGGCACAUUUCGAUGUGGUACGAGUUCAGCUUGCCAGGGCCGGGUUCCGGCUGGGUGCAUGGUUGAACCUGAUCUACACGGGACAGGCAGGUGACUGA